AUGCAAAGCCGAAAGAUCAAUGGAUACCCACAAGAACAAUACUAUGGUGAUGAUAGCUCGUGGAUGGAAACUAAGGCUCAACAGCUACAGAGCCAUGGAUAUCCACAGACACAGCAAUAUCCAGGCAUAAAACCAGGUUAUGGCAAUGAUUCUGAUUACUCCAUGCAAAACCAUCAUGGCCAUGACUCUAACCAUGAUGUGUAUCAUCGUCAGGACAGCAAGCCUCAUGGCCUUGACUCUAACCAUGAUGUGUAUCAUCGUCAGGACAGCAAGCCUCAUGGCCUUGACUCUAACCAUGAUGUGUAUCAUCGUCAGGACAGCAAGCCUCACGGCCUUGGCUCUCACCAUGAUGUGUAUCAUCGUCAGGAUAAGGUGCCUCAUGGACAGGAAAAUGGUUAUGGUUAUGAUAACAAUCAUGGCCAUGGCAAUGGCAAUGGCAAUGGCCAGAUAUUCCCUUUUGGUGCUACCACUAAUCACUCACCUCAUCAUGGUAAUGGUGUAAGGCCAUUCAAUCAUGGUGGCCGUGGCCAAAAUGACUAUGUGUCAGAGAAUGAGUAUGAAGUUUACAAGGAGGAGCAGGUCGGUUCUGGCGCGAUGAGGAGGGAUGAAAUGAGAUAUGAGAGGCGUGGAACAUAUGGAGGAGAUGUUCAUCAGGCCAAUCCAUAUGGAUACAAUAAUAACAGGAACAAUCCUCUUGGUCAUGGAACAAACAAAGCCAAUUGGACACUAAAAGGAGUUUAA